UGAGUCCACAACUACCCAGUCCCUUACACAGCGAGCGAGACAUCAACAAGAGAGAGCCGUAUCUGAUGCUGGUGAAUUGUGAGAGUAGUUAGGCUACAUUGUAACGACGCGUGUUCAAGGUUAUUACUUUGUAUCAACUACGUUCGACUUUCAUUAAGAUGUUUGGCUUUCACAAGCCGAAGAUGUACAGGAGUUUAGACGGCUGUUGCAUCUGCCGCGCCAAGUCCUCCAGCUCGCGCUUCACGGACAGCAAGCGGUACGAGAAGGACUUUACGAGCUGUUUCGGAUUAUGUGAAAUUCGGUCUGGAGAAAUCUGUAAUGCCUGUGUACUCCUGGUGAAACGAUGUAAGAAACUCCCAGUGGGGUCUAAGAAAAACUGGAAUCAUGUGGUUGAUGCCCGAGGAGGCCCCAGCCUAAAGAUUUCUUCCAGGCCAAAGAAACUGAAGUCCCUCUCCAAGAGAGCCAUGCCAAGCCAGAUCAGCCGACUUCAGAAAGAGCUAAAGAGGAACAACUCUGAUGCCCACAGCACCACGUCCAGUGCCUCCCCGGCCCAGUCUCCCAGCUACAGCAACCCUUCUGAUGAGGGCUCCGACACAGAGCUCUCCCCAGGCCCCAGCCGCUCCCCUGUCUUCUCCUUCCUGGACCUCACCUACUGGAAGAGGCAGAAGGUGUGUUGUGGGAUCAUCUACAAGGGCCGCUUUGGGGAGGUGCUCAUCGACCCUCACCUCUUCAAGCCCUGCUGCCGCAAGAAACAACAACAGCAGCGACAGGAGCUGGAGGAGGGGUACGAGGAGGAGGUUGUGGAAGAGGGAGAAGUGGCGGAGGAGGUGGUGGUGAGGAAGGAAGAUGAGGUGGAGAAAGAGGAGGUGAGGUCAAACAGCCAGGAGAGCUCCGAGACUCCUCAGCUACAGGUCAUCGUGACAACAUCUCAGACCAAAGAGGAGGAAGACUGGUGAUGUUGCACCACAGUGUGUGCAUUUUUCAGGAAGCCUUGGGAGUGCUCCUGGUUUACAAGCACUUACAAAAAGAAGUUACCGCUGAUUGCCUUUAGUCAGCGAGCAGCUGAAUACGGUCAUUUUGUUUGUUUGGUAACUUAUGAACUGACUGAGCCAUAUGGACUAGUUUUUCCCAAUUCAUCUGGUCUUGUUGUACUUGGUAUUCUCCUUGUCCUGGGUUUGUCUUCAUUAGGCUGGGCAUGCAACGGAAAAUGUUUGAAAACGUUUUGCAACGGAAAAUUAGCAUUUCUUAUUGGGCAAGUCAAUGUAGUCCACUCCUUGUUGCAAAUCCAUUUUAUUCCGUUUGGUGCCUUAUGAACACAACCCAGAUGUUCGGACACCUCUCUUGGUGUUUUUCUCCUUGACAUAAAAUGCUGUAGUUUUGACUGAUCGGCAGAAUAUCUUUACAGGUUACAGCCGUACAGUAGCACUUGUAUUAUCGUGAAACAAAUUCACAUUCACACUAUAUUUAUCUGUUCUGUAUAUAUGGGCCUGUAUGUAUUUCUAUAUGGGCCUCGGUCGAGAGCCUGUUCACAGCACCAACAGCCAAUACACCAGCCUUAAUUUAGUGAGGGAAGGCAGUGCUAGUGUUUUGUCAGUGUUGGUAUACUAAGGGAUGAUAUUAAGGGAACAUUUUGAAACUUCAUAAUCUCCAGCACCACCCCAACAUCAAUGUGAAAACUGUGUUUCUUUGUUUUGUAGUAAAAAAGAUGAGCACCAGAUUAAAAAAUAUAUAUUAUUCCGGAUGAUGUCAUCUGGUGUGCAUCAUGUAAUUUUAACCAAUUAUGAGCAAGCAAAGGUUAGUACUUUUGACCAGAUUAUGCUCCUGCUCAGAUGUUGCAUGCA